AUGAAGACGAGGGAGGUGAGGAGAGCAUACAGACGUGUACACGAGGCACUAGACCUAGUGCCUCGAACCCUGGCACUCAUAUGGUCCAACCAAAAGGAUGAGGGAACAGAGGAUACACAAAGGCCUCAGGCAGAGGAGGAAGAAGUGAGAUUGGAGAAGGAGAGAGAGAAAAAGAGAAAGAGGGUAGAGGAAAGAAAUAAGAGAGUUGAAAAAGAGAGGAUGAGGAAGGAAGAGGAGGACAGAGUGGAAAGAGAAAAACUUGAAGAAAUUGCUCGUUUGAAAGCAGAAGAGGAGAGAGUAGAGAGAUCAAGACAAGAAGAUAUUGCUCGUCUAAAGGAAAAAGAGAGAAUCAGAGCAGAAGAAGAAGCCAAUCGAGGCUUGGAGCUCUUCUCGAGCUCUGAAGAAGAAGAUGACCAAGAACAUCAUGAUGAUGUUGCUGGGUCAAAUGAAACAAGUGAAGGGGACGACGCCCUUGAAGAUGAAGUGGGCGUCGCAGUUGAAUCUGAAGAGAACGAAGAAGAUGAGGAGGGAGGAGGUGAAGUAGCUGCUCUGUCUCAGGGCGAGCUAGAGCAGCCAAGGAUGGUGAAUAGGCACAUUUAUUUCCCUAGCCCAACUCCCAAUACUACCACAUCAUCUGACUAA